CGAAGUUCUGGGCGUGGUCUUCCCUGCUCUUGCUCGGAAGGUCAGCGCUGGGGUUCUGAAUCCCUAGUUGACACAAGCUAACAUGUAGAGUGGUUUGAAUGGGAGAAUCUAGGACGAAGCAAGGCCAGUUCUUCCAUGACUUCAUUCCUUUGACCUUCUGUUCAACGAAUGCUUUCAGAAUUCUGUGUGUAUUUCCUAGAGUAGGAAAAGAUGAAAAAAUCUCUGGAACUGUUGACGUUCAAGGAUGUGACCAUAGAAUUUUCUCCAGAAGAGUGGGCAUGCCUGAACCCUACUCAGCGGGAUUUAUAUAGGGAUGUGACGUUAGAGAAUUACAGAAACCUGUUCACCCUGGGUCUUACUCUCUCUAAGCCAGACCUCAUCACCUGUCUGGAGCAAAGAAAAGAACCCUGGAAGGUGAAGACACAACAAACAGUAGCAGAGCAACCAGGUAGGUGGGAGUGAAGGAAGCAGAUGACACAGGUGAGAGGUCCAAAGGUCAAGGAGGAAGC